AUGUCCUCCCCCAUUCAACUGGUAGCCUCUGAAAAGGAUGUCAAGGCGGUGACCAUCUACAAGUCGGACAGGGCCGAGGUGACUCGUAGCUUCAACGUGAUCUUACAGCGCGGCCGCAAUGAGGUCUCGAUACUCGGCCUGUCAAGCGCUAUUGACGUCGACUCGACUCGCGUCACCGGCCUAGGCGAUGCGCGCUUAUUCGAGGUCUCUUGCAAGAUACAGAAGCCCGACUCAUGGGACGUCCUCCCUGAUUCAGCCACCGAGCGCAUCCGCGCGCUCAAAGCAAAGAAGGCCACGCUGGCACAGGAGAAGUAUACUGCGGAGUCGGUUGCGCGGCUUCUCCGUGAGUACGGGAAGACGUUAAGUGGACAGAGUGUGCCCCCUGCGGACGCCGACAAAUUUUUCGACCGCUACCUAGAGCGCAGCUCAGAUCUCGCGCGCACUGGUGCUCGACUCGACGAGGAAAUUCUGCAGAUACAGCGGGAGAUACAGAAGAUCUCCGCUGACGGCUCGGCAAGGAAGGGUCAUACUCACGGUCGGGUCACGGUCGUGAUCAUGGCCAAAGCUCAGACUGAGGCUGUCUUGAAGCUUACAUACGUCGUUCGGCAGGCACGCUGGAAACCCUCAUACGAGUUGCAUGCCCACUCCGAUGAAGAUGGCAUGCCAGCGUCGUCCGUUACUCUUCAUUACAGAGCGACUGUCAUGCAUACGACGGGCGAGAGCUGGCGCGGCGUUACGCUCACCCUGAGCACAGCGCGCCCGAGCCUUGCAGACGAGUCCAUACCGGAGCUCAAACCAUCCCGACUCGUACCGCCCGCUUCUCCAAUAGGCUACUACCCUCAGCCCAUCUUACUAGCUGGGCCUUCAAGAUCUCAAUCAGUAGCAUCAACUAUGAUGGUACCACCCCCCGAUUCUCCAGAGGAAUACCGUAGAAGGGAAGAAGACCUUAGAAGGGAGGAACAACAAAGGAUGCGUGAAGCCUCCGAUGAACGAUAUAACAGGUCUAGGAACUUGCAAAGACUAGCUGAAGAUAUCACCUCAAUUUCUUCGGAAUCAGAGUGGGUGGCUAGUGACGAGGAAGAGCCCGCUUUCGUCACUCCGUCGUCUUCAUUUGAGCCCUCGACUUCCAUCGCGAGGGAGAGCCCUCUGUUCAUCUCGUACAAGAUCGACGGAGAGUCAAGCAUCCCGAGCGACGGCGAGGAUCACACAGUCUCCAUCGCCGAAUUGCCCUUCGAAGCCUCGAUAACGCAUGUCGUUGUACCGAGGAUUAAGGCUGUCGUGUAUCUGGAGGCCAAGGUCAAGAAUACGAGUGACUACCGCCUCAUGCCCGGUCCGGUCAACAUCUUCUUCGAUGACAGCUUCGUAUCGAAGACCUCCGUCAAGAACAUCGCUCCAGGCGGUGACUUCACUUGUACCCUCGGGCCUGACAUGGGGACGCGUGUCACUUACAACCGCGUCUCCAAGUUGGAGACCGAUGCUCAAGCAAGCCGUUUCUCCGAACAAUACUCAACGACGGCCUGCUCGGCGAGUACAACCAUCGUCAACACCCACCCAUUCGCGCUCACGACCUUCGUCGUGCGAGACUCGCUCCCCAUCAGUGAUGACGAGAAGCGCGUGCGCGUCGUUCUACGGGAGCCCGCUUUGCUCGCGGAGGCCGAGCAAGGAGACGAGAAGGACGUCGGAGGGCAUAAGGUUCGCUGGGCGGAUACACAGGGACGGAAAGACGGCCUGUAUGAAUGGGUCUGCUCAGUUGACGCCGGGAAGGAGGUUGCGUUGUCGACGGCCUGGGACGUCAAAGCUCCUGCCGAUGUCAAGUGGACUGAAGUUUCUUGA